CACACACACACACACACACACACACUCACAGGAGAGGAGAGGGAGCAAACAAGACGCUAUCAUGACGCGAUGGCUUCAGGCUGGAAAACACACACUCACACUCAUCGCCUGCGUCUCAGGGAAACAGGGACACAGCAGAGUCUGUCCUCAAUCUGAACCCUCUGUGAAUUAAAUCAACGCCAAGGUCCGUCGCUUCCCCCAAAAUCAGACCUAAAGAGGAUUGGACCGCUGCUCACUUACUCUUUUUGUGUGCUUUCUGGGAGAUGUAUAUAUCACUCCAGGACUAGAUGACACAUGGAAGCAGAGGGAUGUAUUAAAUGGACAGUUUGUGGAUUUCAGGACGCCUGCACCCUCUUUUUAACCCAACAGGAAUGUAAUGGAAUAAUGCUUCAUUGACUGCAAAUAAAGGGCAUGUCUCAAAGUGUAGCCCCUCCUUUUAGCAGCAGAGAGAGCUUUGACAAAAGUAGAUGAUUGUACACUGACAUUCCUGAAACUCGACGUCUACAUCUGAAUUUCCAGCGCUCUUUUCUGGGUGCUGUGUCCCGCAGUAAGGAGGAUACGUGGAUGUUUAAUCCCUCAGAUUUGGGGGUGUGUCUGAAUGUUUGGCCUCUUCUUCGACAUGCCUCUCCAAGGAUCCCACAUGUGCCAGGAGCUGCCGUAAGGAGUGUUUGAAUGUUUUGGCUCUAAGUCGCAGCUCCAGGAUGGAAUGAAGUGUGAGACGAGACGUUUACAAAAGUACACAAUACAACCAGACAGUAGGAAUACUUGUAUCUGAACAUCCAGCCCCUCCCCCUGGCCGCAGUGUGGAAUAAGGGGUGUGUUCGGAGGUUCACCCCCACCAGGCUGCCACUCGCAGAUGGAGGCCCACCAACACUCCCCAGAUAGCAGCAGUGAGGAGUGCACCGUCCUGGAGGCUCCGCCUGGCAAGAACACCUGCCCGCAACAUGCAGGGAAGGUGGCUGAGAUGUACUGUUCGGCCUGCGAGUGUGCGCUGUGUGAGGACUGUAUGUCGGACCAUGAGGAGCAUCCUAAGGUGCCCCUCAGCCAGGCCCUGGAGCAGCACCGCAGCAGCCUGCAGGAGAGGCUGGGGAUCGUCCAGAACAGACUCCCUCAGAUUUCAGACGCCCUGUCCUUCGUCAAGGAGAUCCUCCAGCAGCUGUCCAAUCAGAGAACUUCCAUUGAAGAGGACAUCCAGUCGAGCUUCGAGGACCUGCACAAGCAGCUGGAUGUCCGGAAGAGCGUUCUGCUGAUGGAGUUGGAGGUCACAUAUGGACUCAAACAGAAGGUCCUGCAGGCCCAGGUAGACAGCCUUAUUCGGGGAGAGGGGGACAUCACUGCUACCUGUACCCAGACAGAGGAGGCUCUGGCUGGGGAGGCGUGUGUGGCAAGCCUGCAGGCAGAGAGGGAGCUGGCAGAGAGGCUGGCGGAGCUGGCCGGCCUCGGCCUACCCUGUCAGCCGGAGGAGAACGACCAGCUGGAUCUGGUGAUGGAGACAGACGGGCUGAGGAAGUCCAUACACAACCUUGGGACCAUUGUCACUACCAGUGCGGUGGCAAGUCAGAGUGAAGCCAUGGGUGCUGGCCUGGAGCAGUGCAUUGUGGGACAUCCCGCCUCAGUUACCAUAGUAACAAGAGACAAGUCAGGGGGAGCCUGCAAGAGUGGGAAUGCGAUCCUGUCAGCUGAGGUGUUCACUCCAGAUGGCAGCAUAGUGGACGGUGAAAUAGUCGACCACAAGAAUGGGACCUAUGAGUUUGUGUACACGGUGCCGAAGGAGGGCAACUUCGCAUUGGCUCUCCGUCUGUACGACCAGCACAUCAAGGGCAGUCCUUUCAAACUGACUGUCACCAGAGCCUUAGAGGCAGAAGUAGAGGUGUCUCCCUCCACCACCACGGCAACCAACUCAGCAGCCAAUGCCACUCCAUCCACAGGCUCCUCCGAGGGAGCCAAGAGACGAGGGAAGUCCCCUGGGCAGAAGAAGAAGGGCUCCAAAAGGGCCAGCAGCGCCCUGGGCACCCCUCGACGUAAAACUCAGAACCCCAUUGAGGAUGACCUCAUCUUUAGGAUCGGAACAAAGGGGAGGAAUAAAGGAGAGUUCACCAACCUUCAAGGAGUGGCUGCCUCCUCCACCGGCAGGAUACUGAUUGCCGACAGCAACAAUCAGUGUGUCCAGAUUUUCUCCAAUGAGGGGGAAUUCAAGAGUCGUUUUGGGGUUCGGGGACGGUCGCCUGGGCAACUGCAACGCCCAACAGGUGUGGCCGUGCAUCCCAGUGGUGACAUCAUCAUUGCCGACUAUGACAACAAGUGGGUCAGCAUCUUCUCCUGCGAGGGCAAGUUCAAGGCGAAACUUGGCUCCGGCAGACUUAUGGGGCCAAAGGGCGUAUCCGUGGACCAGAAUGGUCAUGUGAUUGUGGUUGACAACAAGGCGUGCACCGUCUUCAUCUUCCAGCUGACUGGCAAACUCAUCACCAAGUUUGGUAGUCGAGGCAACGGUGACAAGCAAUUUGCAGGUCCACACUUUGCAGCUGUGAACAAGAACAAUGAGAUCAUUGUGACUGACUUCCAUAACCACUCAGUCAAGGUUUUCACCCCCGAGGGAGAGCUGGUGUUAAAAUUUGGCUCAAAUGGUGAGGGAAACGGCCAGUUCAACGCUCCCACUGGUGUAGCUGUGGACGUUAAUGGAAACAUCAUCGUAGCUGACUGGGGCAAUAGCAGAAUACAGGUUUUUGACGGCAGUGGUUCCUUCCUCUCCUACAUCAACACGUCAGCGGACCCUCUGUACGGACCCCAAGGUCUGGCUCUGACCUCAGACGGACAUGUGGUAGUGGCCGACUCUGGCAACCACUGCUUCAAAGUCUACCGCUACCUACAAUGAUGGAGGCUUGGAUGGAGAAGUGAAGCGGAGGCAGAGGAGAUGGUCGGUGGGAGUAGUUGUUGAAAAGGCGAGAUACGAUGCACGAUGUCAAAUUUUAGGAAUUACUGCAUGAACCUCUAUUUCUGACUUAAACAAUGGAAGGAGGGAUGGCUGGAAACAAGGAAAACAAAUAAGGAUUAGCAGACCCAUCAAUACAUCACAAGACUGCAAUUAAUAAAAAAGCUAAUCUUGACAUCUUUGAAUGAAACAGUGGAUAGCAGGAGAUGGAGGCACCAACACUGGUCUUUGAACUAUAUCCUUUUAAAAGUCUGAAGAGCGUUAAGUGGCAGAUAAGUAAAGGAAAGAUAAAAAUUCUCUACCAAAUGGGAUACAUGAUGAUAAAGCCCCUCUAAGCCCCCUCUUUCUCCAAGGUCGGCAUGAGUAGAAUGACAGAGGACUGAAUGAAAACAGAGGAAGAACAAAUAAAGGCUGCAGGCGGGGAGGACGCAAACAUCUUGGAAACCACUGAAAAAAGGGACAGAAGAGGUAUCAAAGGCAUGAAUGGAUGAAUGAAUAAAGGAUGGUGAUCCGGUAAGAAUGGUUGGUUUUCUAUUGUUCUGCCCUCUUGUAUUGUAUCCAACAGGUAAAAUAAUGGCCAGUGAGCUAAAAGGGGUCUACGUCUUGGUUUGACAUAAGUUGUUACUCCACAUCACUACCACAGAUUUCACCUACAGCUUUUGUACAGUAGUUUACAUGUGUACACCAAUGUCAGCUCUAACAUUUGGAGGCUAAUUUAAGCCACUAACUCUUAGAGAUUGUCAGGGUGCAUUUGAGCAAAGCACUUAUGGAAUUAUUAACUGGUCCAGCAGAAGAGGACGUAUACCUGUAAAUAUGCAAAGAAUUGGUGAAAAAAAAAGGAUUAUCAUCCAGCCAAAUGUCCAUUGCUGCCUGGGAUGGUCAUAAAAAAUAUUAGCAGACUCAGACAUGGGCCACUUUUAGCCUGUUGUCCAUUAUUUGUACAUUGGGAUUGUCUGAAUAUGGAAUGUUUAUUUUCUUUCUUGCCAUAUGCUAGUAUUCUUUACAAGUCUUAGGCAAUAGAUUCAUCGUUAGAUAUGAUUGCUUUGACUGUGAUUCUGAUUGUCUGAAUGACUGAUUCAUUGGGUUGAUUGACAAGCAGCAUUGCCUAUCUAUGCUUGGUUUGAGUGUUCAUAUAUUUUUCCUGAGAAAUCUGUUGCGAGGUGGGGAAAAAAGUCUAUAAAUCUAUCUUAUAUAUUUGUGAGAAUACCUUUAAUAAUAUCAUGAAAAAUGUUCAAAGUAAUUAACAUAUUUGGAAUCAGUAACAUUUUUACACACUCGUUUCUUCUCACCAUCCGGGUAACAAUAAACAGGAGGCCUGGGGGGGGGGACUUCUGGAAUGUUUCAGUCCAUUCCACCAUUGCCAAGGAUUCUAGAAUGCAUUAAGAAUUCCGAGAAGUGCUGUCGCUUGCUUGUACAAUUCCACAUGGUCUGUCAUCUCCCAUAAUAGAAUACCUCAGUGUUCUAGAAGCAUGCCUUUGUAUUAUGUGAUUGUUGACAUCAAAAUACCUGAUUUCAACUUUAAGCUCCCAUUUUACAAACAGUUCACCCACACCUACGCAGAUUUACAGUAAUGGUAAGUAACAGUAAAGGACAAUUGCAAAGCAUUUACAAAUUACUUUUGGAAAAGUGCUAUGUGAUAGUAAUAAUCAUAAUAAUACGAAGCAUUUACAUCAAUUAUUGAAUAGGCAAGAAAAGCAUUUAAGUUACUCACAGCAACUCAUAGUUGGACAGUUUUAACCGGCAUCAUUAAUAUACAGAAAACAUCUCUGUCGACUAACACAUGCUUGUUGUAGAGGAAAAGCUUUUGGUCAAUUGUUUACACUAUUGUUGUUUAUCAGUCUUAAUUGAAGCAGGAAUAAAAAAAAAAACAAUAAUCAAUAACAUGAAUACACUACGUUUGCAACAGAUCAAAGGUUUUUAGUAAACUUUAUGUAAGUUAUUACUUCUAUUUAUUUAUUUAUUAUUUAUUUAUCUUAAUAGGUAUUUUAAUCUCUCUAUCUUGCCAUUUGAUUGUGUUCCACCGUGUGCAUUGACAUUCUUAAGUGCCCAUUAUAUUUCUUCUUUUUCUACAUUUCCUGUUUUAUGUUGAAUCAAAAUAUGAUUGUUGGCAUUUGCUACAUUUUAUAUUUACUUGUUGUGAGUGGACAAAUCAGUGGUUAACGUUUUAUUCUAUUAUUUUUUGUCAAAUGAAAGUCAUGCUUUAGCAGAAAAAUACUCAAGCUACCCAGUUAGCAAAAACUGUGUGUUAGCAUUGCAAUUCUGAUUGAAACUGACAGACACUUUCAGUACAAAGCUAAUAAGGUAGCUGUAGCUAAAAAAAAAUACAACACAGUACAAUGACCAGCCUUAUAAACACCAAGCUGCUGCUGGUUUGGUCAGGAGGUAACAAAUUACAAGCUAACGCAAUAGUUUUUACUUGUUUGUAGACAUUGGUUUUGGUGCUGAAUGCUAACAAGGCUCAUCACCACUGUUACAGAUAGCUAAGACAAAAUAGUUUAACAACUGUGAAGUGCAUGUUCAAUAAAAAUAAUAGAUUAAAAUGCAAGUUGUCAGUCCCAAAAGAGUUGCUGAUGUUUGCGAUUGUCAGUCCGUUCAAGAGCCUGUUCAAAGUACAUUUUCUGACUUUGUGCACAAUAAGUGCCCAAUAGUGCUGCUAAAUCUCCAAUUUUGCUCAUGAACAGUGUGCUAGGAGAAUAUUUUAGGGUUUUGUUGGCGCUAUUGGCAAAAUCAGACUGUGUGUGUGUUUUUUUUUAAAGGAAUCUGGGCUUUGUUUGCAGGAUAUUCAGCCUUAAUGUCGGUAACACAUAUGAAUGUUGUUUCAAAGUUGAUGGAAUUGCCUUCUCAGUAAUCUUAAUUUGAAAUUUAUUGCAAACAUACAGUGAGUAAAAAAAACAUUUCAAACAUAAAUAGCUUAUUUGCAGAGUACACAUCCAUUUGAGGGAACUUUUGCUCUGAAUUUUCACCACUGGAGAAAUGUUCUUAAAAAAUCUUAAUGGAAUCCCUUAAUCAACACAACAGAAACAUGCUACAUUUGUCAUUGCAAGUGUUUUCACAUGGCUUGGGUGUGUAUCAUUGUCAGUUUGCACCGUGACAUGAACAACAUUGUACAUCAGUUUUAUCAUUCUUUCCUCAAAUGGAUAUGUAGUGUUUUGGAAUUCAGCUUUUACCCAUGAGUUUCUUACAGUGUUACUUGCCUGCUCUUUCUCUCUGUAUUUACUAUCUGUCAUGUCUGUUCACUGUUAUGGACUGUCUCUUUAAUAGUCACACACAUUCAACACUGAAAUAAAGCAUUGAUUCCUAAAUGGCA